UAUCCAUGUCAUGUCACUUCCUAGUUAAAACGCUGCGUUUCACAGUGAAGUGUUGUUUUGUUAGUCUCUGAAUCAAUUUUCAGUUAGGGCGCAACCGUUUCCGUUAUCUGAAAAUUCAUCAAUCCAACGGAUCCAAAAUCAACCCAAUCAUCAUCUUCAAAUUCCUCAAUUUUCAAUUGGUUCAUGAACAACAAUAGUUGAAGUUUUUUAAGAUUAGAAAAAUGGAUACUCAAAGUGUUGAAGAUAAUACUGUUAAUGUUGAUGUUGGAGGACUUAUUGGUAAUUUGGAAUUGGGUGUAGCAUGUUUCUCUGAGAAAGUUUCAAACUUGCAUAUUUUUGUGAUGAAUUUGGAAACUAUGGAAUGUGAAUUAGAGGGUUUAGUUUUGGAUGAAGAAAACAUUGAUAUAGGUUGUGUUACAAAGGGUUUUGAGUUUGAUUUGUUAUGUGGGGUGUUGGGUUCUGAAGUUAGAGAUUUGGGUUUGUUUUUGGAUACUCUUCAUGCUGAGAUUUCUGAGGUUAAAGGAAAAGUUUUGUCUUUCGACGAAUGGCAAGAUAGGUUGGUUGAGACCGAACAAAGUUUGACGUUGUCCGAAGAACUGUUUUAUGAGAUUAAGCAACAUUCUGUUAGUUUUCAAAGGACUCUGUCUUCUUAUAAGAAGGAAGAGAAUGGUAAUGUUGAAGAGGGUGGAAGUGUCGAAGAGGGUGAUAGAAAUUUGGAUGUAAACAACAUGAUGAACAUGCAAACAACUGAGCAACAUAGAAACAUUCUAAUGAUGCUUGAGAAAUCUUUGGCAAGUGAAAUGGAUCUCGAGAAGAAUUUCAACGACUCAAAGAAAAUUGAAGAAAAGCUAAGACAAAGGAUCGCUUCUUUGGAAGAUGAGCUAAUUCAAACGGAGGAAGAAGCAACUGAAGUUUGGGAAAGAUGGUUUGAGGCAGACAAUGCACGUGAGAUCCUAAAGGGAAUUUCAAAUGAAUUGUUGGCUAGACUCAAGCUUUCUCAGUUCAAUGUGGUCGGUUUAAGACGAAAUGAGUCUGAGCUUAAAGCUCAGCUGGAAACUUCUAAGAAGCAAUUGAAAUGUGGCAAGGUGUGUUCACUUGAGAAGCAGCUACAAGAAACUGAAUGCCAGUUAGUGAAUGUGAAAACCUCUGCCGAUGAAUAUCAACAGCAGUAUAAUGUUACAUGUUCACAUAUGAAAGAAAUGGAUAACCUUAUCAUUGAACUGAAAGAAAAUGUAUCGAAUGCAGAAAAUAGGGCUAAUGCUGCAGAAGCUCAGUGUAAAAUAUUGACGGAAACUAAUGAAGAACUCAACAAGAAGCUGGCUCUUUUAAAAGACGGUGGUAUCACAUCCGAGAGUGUAGAGUUACUCAAGAGGCAGCUAAAGCAGUGUGAUUUAAAGCUGCAGCAUGCAGUAGCGACUGCUGAAGCUAGUCAAGAGAAGCAAAAGAUGUUGUAUGACACAAUCGAAGAUAUGGAACAUGUUAUAAAGGAUCUUAAGUCGAAGGUUUUAAAAGCUGAGAGUCAUGCUGACAGUGCAGAGGACAAGUGUAUCAUAUUAUCUGAAUCUAAUGCUGAUUUAAAUGAGGAAGUAAAUUUCUUGAGGAGUAAAUUGGAAUGCUUAGAGAGAUCGCUGCACCAAGCGGAGGAAGCAAAAAUGACAACUGCAAAGGAUAUUGGAAAGAGAACCAAAUUUUUCAAAAGUUUGGUGACACAGCUGGCUUUGGAGAGAGAGCGUCUUAAUAAGAAGCUAUCUUCCUUAGCAAGCGAGAACAAAAUGUUGGUUGUGAAGCUGAAGCAGGCAUAUAAGGAUUCUUCUCCUGUUAGUGCAAAUUUUUCCUCUGACCACGAGGCAAACAAGAAAAAUUCACCUGCAAAUGAUAGUGAAGUAAAGUCUGAUUCCAUGCCAGACGUUGAGACUGUGAGGAGAAUAGAUGCAGGAGUUCUUACUUUUAAGCACAUAUUAAUAUCAUUGUUUGUCUUGCUGCUUUCAGCUGUAACUUUUUUGUAUUUCAAAGACUUGAAUGUUGAUUUUAGUCUGUGAAUGGAUAGGAAUUUAUGCUUUAUUUUAUAAGGUAAAAGACUACGGUUGAAGAAUGAUGAAUGACAUAAUGUGGAAGGAUAGAAUCCCUUAAAAACAUUACCUGGGUGAGUUGAGCACAUAGUACUAGGUUACAAGGUCAUUGACAUUGUAGGCUUUAAUGCAAAGCACUGUGUAGUAAUCAAAAUUUGUUCCAAUAGUCUCUUUUUUGUGGUA